CUCUUCCUCUACCCUUCCGUCCUCUCGCUCCGACUCGUCGCUUGUCGUCAAGCGAUGCCGCCAUGAUUGCCCCGGCAGUGUUGUGCAAGCUCCACGGUUCUCCGGUUCGCGGAUUCAAAAGCACGUCCAUUUCCUGAGGCGCCGUAGGCGAAUCUUCCGCGCGCAUCCACCGACCAUGCGAUGCGCUGCAAUGGCGGUGUAGUAGCGGACGUUCCGGGACGCGGAGGAUCGCUUUUCCAAGGAAUUGUGCGCUGUGUUUUGCUAUCUGAAUGGACAAUAAGGUAGACGUUUCUGAAAGUGAAAAUCUUUCAAUGAUUGUUGGCACACCUGGAAUUUUUCACCUGCCUGACGUCCCAGAGAUAUCGGAGGUAUUGGAAUCAACUGGCCUCAGCCCCUUAACUUCUUCCUUGGAUCAGACUCUCACACUGCAAGAAGACAAGGUUCUUUCGUCUGAGGUUAACAUGGGCAUUGAAGAUACAUGGACCGAAGCUAACAGUUCGACGUCAGACUACGCGAUUCCUCUUCCGCCACCACCUGGGUUGAACGAUUUCUCGGAUGUUGGAGCCGAUUCCAUUGGUGACUCGGGAACUGGCAUAGAACACGGUCCAUUUUUGCCACCUGGCACACUUAGCAAUCUCUUUGCAGAGACUGGAGAUUCGCACGAUGAUUCGCCAAUGGAAGUGGUCGUCUUGCCUGCGGGUGUGUGUGGCCUUCGCAACUUGGGUAAUACCUGUUUUAUGGCAGCCGGACUGCAAUGUUUGACUGCGACACCGCCUGUUCUUCAACAUUUCUUGGACCUGCAGCACAGAGGAGAGAAAUUACCACCACCUGGCUCACUGAUGGCACAUUUCAGUGUACUCCUUGGAAAAAUGUGGUCUGGCAGAUACAGCGUACUCAGACCGACGGAAUUCAAGCAGACCUUAGGAGCCUAUCAUUCGCAAUUCAAGGAUUACAGGCAGCACGACUGUCAAGAAUUUCUGGCGCUUUUACUGGACUCCCUUCACGAGCAGAUGAACACAGCAAAGUGUGCCAAGAACUGUCAAGUUCCACUAUCCACAACCACUGCCAACUCUUUUAACACUAUUGAAAACUCAAGCGGAAAGGCCCUUUCUCCUGUCACUGCCACGGCCAAUUCCAAUUGUAAUCCGGACCUUUUGGAGAUGUACGAUUGUUUGUCGCCAGAUUGUCCAAACAGUCCCAAUGUGACGAUGGCCGGUUCACCGAGAGAUUUUGAUUCGUCGAUCGGAGAACUGGACAGUAUCACGAAUUCACCGCGGGGCUCGCCGUUGAAUUGCGAGGACGACGAGGAGACCCUCGACUCGGACGAAACGGUCGAAGCGCGCUCGAACACUUUCAUUCACAAUAAAGUGAACGAAGAGAGCGCAAACGAGGUCGCUCCGUCGCGUUCCCUCAGAUUGGACACAUUAAUCGAACUGUCGAAAAGUGUGCCGCAGUAUGGUGAUCUGUACGACAUUCACAAAGAGGCUAAGACCAGUAAUGCCAACUUCCUGGUGACGCAGCAGGAGCGCAAUAACGAGAUACAUUACGAUUCGCAGAAGUUUCCGAAGGACAAUGUGCGCAGGAUGCCGUUAGAUAAUUCGAAUCUGAUGGAAAAUCAUGACUUCGACAAUAAGAGCGUCAGCAUCAAGCGCAUCAAGGAGGUGAACGUGCAGAAGGUGAACGGCAGCCUCGACCACGCGUCGAGUGGCUCCGACAUCGAGUACGACAGCGGGCUGGAGAAGUGUAAUGUGAAGCGAAUGCGACUGGACGAUCAGGAGAAGAAUCACAAGCGCGACGGCAACGACGGCACCCAGUGUUCGCGGAUCCCGCAGAAUUACGGAAACGGCGCGAUCGCCGCGCAGGACGAGAUCGAGGCCGACAAGCAUUGGGUGAAGCAUCUGCGAUCUAACCGGAGUAUCAUCGUCGACACUUUCCAGGGCCAGUUCAAGAGCACGGUCGUGUGCUCGGUUUGCAAUCACGUAUCCGUUACGUAUGAACCUUUCAUGUAUCUGUCGGUACCGCUACCUCACGCGAUGGAGAGGCAGCUGAAUGUCACGUAUGUCCCGGUGAACGGCGAACAGCCCAUUAGAUGCGUCGUUUCCUUGAACAAACAGUCACGAAUCGGAAAGUUGAAGGAGGAGUUGCUAAAAACGCUCGGCAAGGAGGAUAUCUCGGUGACGAAUAUCGCGCUCGCGGAGGUCCUGGAGAAUCACAUAGCGAAGAUUCUGGACGACAAUACACUCUUGAGACACGUGAAUGAUACGAAUCGAUCGAUAUACGCCUUUGAACUCACGGAACCUCCCGAUGCGUACACUACAGUGUCCGACGGCGGUGGGGAACGCGCGAUGGAGACGGAGGCCUGCCAGAGAUGUACGAUCACGGGCGAAGAAGUGCCGUGUAUGAUCUGCCUCGAGGAGCUGGACGGCGAUUUGAAGAGGCACAGCGGAAACAGCUGCAACUUCAUCAUGUGCGACCCGUGCAUUGAGAAUUACUUCAAGAAUCAAACGGAGCCGCAGACGUGUCCGAUGUGUUCGACGUACAUGACAGCCUCGUCGUUCACAAAGAUCGACCAGACGGGCCGGCCGAGGCCCACUGUGCGCAUUCUAAACGUACCCUUGGUCCUGAGGCACGACACGACGAACGAGACGACGAACAAUCGCAAAGGCACGAAGCUCUUCGGCUAUCCGCAUCUGAUACGGCUCCCUUCGCGAGUGAACGCACGGGACUUGUACGAUAUCGUCAAGAAAAACGUGUCUCACGAUGGACAGUACACGAUCCACUUCGUCGAUGGGCAGGGCCAUCAUUGUUCGCGGUGUAUGUAUACCGCGCAUUGUACAGGAUGUAGCGUGCCUGAAACGGGAAUGGUCGCCCUGCAGAACGGCGAUACGCUCGCGGUUCGUUGUACCGAGCACGUUCCUAAGAUCUUGCAUCCCAUCGAUCACAUCAGUGUCAGUAAGCAACGGCCGCAUCAUCCACUGUCUCUUUACGAUUGCCUUCAAGCGUUCAGUCAAAGCGAAACUCUAGACGAACACAAUCCAUGGUUCUGUCCGAAAUGUGGGCGUAACCAGUGUGCCACGAAAACCCUUACGGUACAUCGAUAUCCCAAGUUCCUCAUUGUAUAUCUCAAAAGGUUCGUGUUUUACGAAUGCACGAGUAUGAAACUAGACGACAAAGUCACAUUCCCUCUGGUGGGUCUGAGUGUAGGACGUCACCUUUAUGAUCUCUACGCUUGUGUGUGUCACUUCGGAGGCGUUUCCGCGGGCCACUAUACGGCGUAUGCGAAGAAUCCUCGUACGGACGUGUGGUAUUAUUACAAUGACGAGAUCACGAGCAGGCAGAAGCCGCAGGACGAGGAUUUCAGCAAUGCUUACAUAUUGUUUUACAGCCGACAGGGGACCAACUUGAAACCGUGCAAUAUAUAACAAGUGAUGUAUUUAACUUGAUAGGCGAAAGAACACGUCGAUCGGAGUGUGUGACAGAGGGGGGGGGGGGCAUCAGGGGAACGAAUGGACCGGAGAAGAGAUUGACGUUCUUCCACGUACUUUUCUGCUACGACGGUUUAUUCGCGUCACUUUCAUACGUUUCAAACGUAUAUUACCUUAAUCUUAUCCGUUGUUUUACACUUCCUGCAUCUCCCUUAUAUCUGCCUCUGCUACAGCUGCUAUUUUUGAGAAGUGCAACGAGAUCUUGCUCUUCGGGAUUACGUCAAAUAUACUUAUCGCCUGUGUGUUUCGUUGGCGAUCGUUGUGCGAUUUCUUGGACGGACGUGUCUUCGCGAUCUUACCUACCUACGGUGACGUCCUGGGCUAAAGCAAACUUUAGGUCUGAUCUAAUUCAUGGAUUCAGAGAGGAGCGAACGUUAUUUGUACCGCAUAUUGUAAACGUAUGUCGACUUUGUACAGUAGAUGGUUAAAUGUAGACUCAAGAAUUCUAAACACACGUAAUUUAUAUUAGUGAAUAAAGGUGAACGUCAUACUCGAA